AAUUUCUUAUUUUAAAAUCCACAAGAAAAACAUACUUAAGUUCAGUCAUGUUGUCUCGGUCAGCACAAGCCGUGGCCAUCUCCUAUAUAAGCUCUGUUCAUCUUCUUCUCCACAUAACAACCAUUCCCUCCUCUCUUCUUCCAAUCACAAAGAUUCAAUGGCUCCCUGCAUCGACACUUUCAGAACAUGUAAACUCCAGGUUUGUCAUGAAGAUGACUCUUGGUUCUGUUACAUGAAUCUCUUCCAACCCGUUCAAUUCCCUUCACGAGCACCCAUCACAACAACCUGCCACUCGAACUCCCUGGACGGUGGUGAUGUCUGGCUCAAGAUGCUUGAAGAAGCCAAAUCCGACGUUGAGCAAGAACCCGUUUUGUCAAGCUACUAUCACGCUUCCAUUACAUCGCAUCCAUCGUUAGGUUCUGCUUUGGCGAACAUUCUCUCGGUAAAGCUCAGCAGUUUAACCUUACCAAGCAACACCCUUUUCGAGAUGUUCAUCAGCGUUUUAGAAGAAAGCCCAGAGAUCGUGGAAUCGGUGAAGCAAGACCUAUUAGCUGCAAAGGAAAGAGACCCAGCUUGCUUAAGCUACGUCCAUUGCUUCCUAAGCUUCAAAGGCUUUCUCGCUUGCCAAGCUCAUCGUAUCGCUCACAAGCUCUGGUCUCGAGACAGAAGGAUCCUUGCUUUACUCAUCCAAAACAGAGUAUCCGAAGCUUUCGCCGUCGAUAUCCAUCCGGGAGCCAAGAUCGGAAAAGGGAUUCUGUUAGACCACGCAACGGCCGUGGUGAUCGGAGAAACGGCGGUGGUUGGAGACAACGUUUCGAUUCUCCACGGCGUGACGCUGGGAGGAACAGGGAAACAGUGCGGCGAUAGGCACCCCAAGAUCGGUGAUGGGGUCUUGAUCGGAGCAGGGACUUGUAUACUGGGGAAUAUAACAAUCGGAGAGGGAGCUAAGAUUGGAUCGGAGUCGGUGGUGCUUAAGGACGUGCCGCCGCGUACGACGGCGGUUGGAAAUCCGGCGAGAUUGAUAGGUGGGAAAGAGAAUCCGAAAAUGAUUUAUAAGUUUCCCGGUUUGAGUAUGGACCAGACUUCGUAUUUAACCGAGUGGUCUGAUUAUGUCAUCUAA